AUGAGUCUUGACCAAACUGGAUUGGUGAAGCAGCCUCAGCACAAUGAACCCGCGGAAGUCGUCAAACGCGCACUCGACUUCAAAACACAAGGCAGUCAAUGUUACAAGGAUAAGAAAUACAGAGAAGCGAUUGGGAAAUAUCACAGAGCUCUGCUAGAGAUGAAAGGUCUGUGUCGCGUGUUAGGAGACCCUGACGUGAGCACCAGGUCUUCAUCCUCGGAACAGCCAACCAUUAGCAAGUCCACUCUAACUGACGAGCAGAAAGGCGCGAUGGAGAACGCAGAGCUUGAGUGCUACAAUAGUCUCGCAGCCUGCCUGUUGCAGAUGGAGCUGGUGAACUACGAGAGGGUGAAGGAAUACUGUCUUAAGGUUUUAAGGAAAGAAGGGGAAAACUUUAAAGCCUUGUAUCGCUCUGGUGUGGCCUACUAUCAUCUAGGAGACUUCCACAAGGCUUUGCACUAUCUAAAGGAAUCCCACAAACAGCAGCCUUCAGAUACAAACGUCAUCCGCUACAUCCAGCUAACAGAGAUGAAGAUUCGCCGGAAUGCCCAGAAGGAACUGAAAGAAGCCCCAUAA